AUGAACAAGGACAAGCGGUUCCCUUCGACCAUGGUGUGGACCCCGAUUCCCCUCAUUACUUGGCUCCUUCCCUUCAUCGGGCACAUGGGCCUGACAGACUCUGAGGGGACGAUCUUCGACUUUGCCGGUCCGUACACCAUCAACGUCUCCAAGCGGACGACGGCGUUCGGCCCACCGGCAAAGGUGGCGCCCAUGUUUGAGUACAUGGGCGGUGACGGCGGAAGCGAGAGCCGGAGCCUGUGGGACUCUGGCGUGGCAGCCGGCUCGGAGGAGUUCCGCCAUCGCAUGCACAACCUCAUCUGCAACAACUGCCACGACCACGUCGCCGAGUGCCUCAACGUCAUGCGCUAUCCGGUCCCGGCCUGGGCUUGGGCCCCGCGGUGGGGCAUGAUCUCCGUCUGGCUGUACAUGCUCCUCCAUGGCAGGUACACCUCGUGGUCCGCCAUCGUCAAGACCUACCUCCCGGCCCUGGUCCUCUGGUCGAUCAUUCUCGGCUUCAUGUACAUGCCGUUCUGGCUCUCCCGUACCGACGAGUGACCGCUUGCUCCUCCGCCUCUACCCGCGGGUGAUCCGAUGCCAGCCGAGGACGGUGUGGACGUACUCGAGGUCGACCGCCGCAAACGGAGUCUUGCACAGCGGGCAAACGUUCUCGGUGCAUCGCGAGUUGAGCACCACCGCCAUGCACCCGAGAUGGACGGUGUGGACACAGUCGGUGAGCGCGUACAGCGCACGCUCGGCAGCGGUCUCCACCCCGACUACCGCUGCGCCCGCCGGCGAGACGAUGCACCUCGCCUCGGCGUGGUCGUCCCAGAGGUCGACGUCGCGCGAGAGCCCGUGCGCCACAAAGGCAGCGAUCGACGCUCCGGCCCGCGUCGACACAAAGUAGUCGGGAAUCGGCGCCGGGUGCGCCAGCGGGAGCAGGCAGGUGGCACACACCGGGGCAGAGCCAUGCCACUCGGCAGCAGGCACCGCAGGCAGCUGCGACACAAUCCGCGAGACCCGCGCCUGGAGCUCGGUUGCAAGCGUAGGCCCGGCUGUCGCCGCCUCCCGCCCCGGCUCGUCUUGCGGGCUCUCCGACUUGGGCGUCCCGUCGUCA